CACCUCCCGCCAGCAUGGGAGUAACGUACUCGUCGGCGCUUCCGCCCAGCUCGCAAGUCAAGCGACUCCAGAAGAGCGCGCUUGUGUCGAGAAAGGACCUCUUUGCCCUCAAGGAGGAGCUGCGUAAGAUCCAGCUCCGUAACAAGGGUGUUACCUGCGAAGACUUUGUCACCGUCGUCGACGAGCUCAACGUCGCCUCACCGCCGUUUGCCCGCCAGCUCUUUGCCCAGUUUGACGUCCACUCUGCCAACUGGGUCGAUGCCAAGGACGUUGCCGUCCACACCCCGCACACCGCCACCCAUACUGCCCAGCUGGCAGGUGGCUUUGUCGGCGCCCUGCAUGCCUACGUGGUUUCCACGAGUCGGAAAGAAAGUACCGAGCCACCUACGUCGGACGACUCGAUCGGCGACGUCAUGGUGGCGUACAAGCUGCUCAACGACAACGAGUUUGGCCGGGCUGGAUCCAUCAAGCACGGCUCGGCCCGCGAGGCUCUGUUCUACGCUGGUAUCGCCAACGAGCUCCGCCCGGCACUCGGCUUCCUCAUCCCGGCUGUAUACGGCGCCCGCGGCGUGAUGGAGUCCGGGGACUACGAGAUUGCGCUUGAGUUUCUUGCUCCGGACACGGCCUUUCUUUCCGUCGUUGCCAUGGGCAAUCAGUUCAAGGACAUGCCGGCUCCAGGCGUCGCGCCAGCCCACGAUGCCUACCUCGCCGAUCACAACCUCGGCGACCUGUUCAGCCUCGUUGCCCGCGCUGCCGCCAAGCUCCACGCCGCCACCUGGCGCGACGCCUCGCUGCUGAAGGUCCCCUACCUCCGCGGCGCCCCGUACUACGGUGACGAUGAAGCAGAAGCCGGUCGCGUCAAGUGGGAGAAUGUCAUGGCCGACGUUGCCCGCGGUUGGGCCUCGGCCCGCGAACCGCUCGACGCCAGCGGCCUCUAUCCGCGGCUCAUCGCUGCCAUGGACGCCUCGCUCGCAGCCUCGUCCUGGGAUCGCUUCCGCACCGCAUAUGCCAAACUCAUUGACGACGGGCCUUUUGCCCUUGGCCACGGCGAUUUUCACGGCCACAACGUCUUUGUCCGCAACGACGUUGGCUCUGGCGAGUGGGAGGUGACCCUCCUUGACUGGGCUGUCGUCGGCCCCACCCAUCCGAUGGCCGACCUCACUCAGCUGGUCAUUUCUGAUGCCCCACCAGCGCUUCGCCGCGAGCACGAGCACGCCUACGUUCGUGCCUACUGGGAGGCUCUCACCGCUGCUGGUGUCGAUCCCGCUGCGUUUACCUUUGACGACGCCUGGCUCGCCUACCGUGCCGGCUGGGGCGUCGGCCGCUGGCUGUGGAUGAUCGGCGUCCUCGGCCUCUUCAGCCUUCCAGAUGCCAUCUAUGGCCUUUCUCGCCGACCACGCCGACGUCGCCCCGCCGACAACGUCUAUCUUAUUCACUGCCUGUAGCUGUCGUCACUCGCUCACACACUUGGCGCCGCACUUUUGCUCGAGGCAACGAUCAAAGCCGGUGCACGAGAGUGGGUUGCCGGAAAAGUCGCAGUUGGAGAG